AUGGUAUCUCUUCAAUCCUCCGAAUGCCCAAAAGGAUACUUUCAAUGUCCAAAUCAAGGACAUAUCCCAGCUUGCGUUCGGAUAUCUAGAGUAAAUGAUGGAAUAUGCGAACCUGAAUGCUGUGAUGGAUCUGAUGAAGCCGAUAAUCAUGACGUCCAGUGCCCCAAUCGCUGUGCUGCUGUAAGUUCUGAGUACACGAAGAAGUUUGAUAGUCUGGUUAGGAAAUUUAAAGCAGGAAAUGGUGAACGGAAGAAUUACAUUCUCUUUGGGCAAAGAGAAAAGAUUCGACUCCAAGAGCUUGUAAAAUCGCUUGAUGUCGAGUUGAUCAGCUUAAAAGCAAAGGAACAAGACGCAAAAGCGGAAAAGGAAAGAGUCGAGCGAAUUUCAGAAACUGAGGUAAACAAGCUGAAAGCGACUGAGCUCUAUCGCAAAAUGGUUGAGUAUCAAAGUGCAAUCAAAGGGCUAAAAGAGCAAAAUGAAAAACUCAAGAAGGACCUCGAUCAGCUCGAUCACAUUUUAUCGGAUUUGAAAGGAGGUUACAAUCCAAAUUACCAAGACAUGGCGGUGAAAGGUGCUGUGAAGGGUUACGAAGAGUGGAAAGUCACACCUGCGUCAAGCGGAGAGCCAGCACCUGAAUUGGAGCAGAGUCAACUGAAUAAUAUGGCAAACCAGGAUGUGGUGGCUCUCAUUACUAGCGCUCGAAACGAGUUGGGAUUUGAUCAUAGCCAUCUGGACUCCACAUCUAUCUUAGUCAACAUGGAAGAAUACUUGCCUGAUUCACUCAAGCCUAGUUACGAUAAGUUGCGCAAGUUUUUGGUCGAUGCCAUGAGUAAAGUCGGGAUAUUUCCCCAUGGGUCAUCUUCACAGGAUAAUGGCGAAGUUAUCAGACCCGACGUAGCCAAAGCGAGGUCAUUACAUCAGGCCGCCGAAUCUGCGGUCACGAACGCUCAAAAACAAAUUGAAGAAUCCAAGCAAAGUCUGAUGAAAGACUGGGGUGCUGACUGGCAGUUCAAAAAAUUAGAUCAGACCUGUUUAGAGUACCCUUACGGAGAUUAUGUUUAUGAACUCUGCUUCUUCGGAAGCGCAUAUCAAAAAAAUACUGGAGGUGGUAAAACGCUCCUCGGGAACUUUGUGAGUUGGAACACGGACGCGGCCAAAGGCUCCGAUGAGUAUUACGGCAAGCAAAUGUACCUCAACGGGGCAAAGUGCUGGAACGGACCUGAACGAAGUGUUAAAGUCGAUCUCAAAUGUGGAACGAAGAACCUAUUUUACUCGGUCAUGGAACCUGAGAAAUGCGAGUAUUGGUUCAAGAUAGCUUCGCCAGCGGCCUGUCACGAUGGGAUUGAUCCAAAUACAUCUGCUCAGGAUGGCAAGCUAAAUGACGAUUGGAUUGUAAUGAGAGACGAGCUUUAGGGUGAAGAGGCCGCUAGAGUUUCGUCAAAACAUAGAAGAUAUGUUUCAACUUCAGUGGUACAUGUGUGAUGUUUCAUAGUCACUCUCUCAUGUCGUUACUCGCACCUUUUUACUAAGCAUUUACGGUAGACACAGCUAUCUGACUGCGUAUCAAAUCAUGAAAAGAAACCGGAGCACAUAGAUCAGUC